GUGAAAGCCAAUGGGGCGUACGCCCGGGAAUGCGGCGAGGACAGCCACGGGACAGUUCGGGAGUGAGAAGUGUGGAGGAUAGUCAAGGUGAUCAUGAGUCUAGGGCAGCUCCAGGGGCUGGACGCAAUGCGGUGGUUCCAGAGAACCAACGAGUCUCCCAGACUCCUGAGUCUCUCCCCUUUGAGACACGAAGGGGAGACUACCACCCCCUCCACCCCCCUGGAGAGACGGUCCAGAGUCGACAUGUCUCCAGUGCGAUGGAGACGACGUCGAAGCAGUCAGGACCAGGAUCUCCAUCUCUACAACAUCCGACAACAGCUGGUCGUAGUCACAGACCAUUGGUCCACACCCUCUAUGGUGGCCUCGACAGCGACCCCACGGGUCCGUAGGACGUCCCUAGGCAAGGAGGUUUGUGCACGAGAGAAGAGGAACCCUCUCCUGGAAAAGGUUAAGAACACCAAACUCUCCUGUUUCCGGUCCACGGGUAACAUGGCUCCUAUUUCCGGGGAGGUGACUACUGACAGUGAAAGCCUUCUAGAUCGACCACGUCGCCUCGCCGCAUCCAUUGAUGACUUGAUCGACGACGACGUAUUCUUCAAGGACGUUCCCGUGGUGGCCGCCAGGAGCGCUGUUCAACGCGCUGCUUUCACUUCGCCCGUGCUAGAGAGGCUAGACACCCUGGACAGGCUAGACACCCAGCGCACACUAGACACCCAGCACACACUAGACACCCAUCGACCAGUCGCCAUGAACAACUCAUGUUUUUCGGCCAAGCUGAAGGCGAUGUCAGAGAAAUACCUUAAAUGUUCUACCAAUAGAUUCUUAGCCAAACUGUAUAAAACUAAGGACAGUGGGGUGCCCAAGGAACCAUCCAAAGCCAAGCUGAGGAGUUUCUCGUACGGAGCUCUACCAGGGGUGGAAGAGUUCCAGAGGCGACACAACCCUCUCUACACCGAGGAUGAUGAUGACUACCUGACAGGCGGGGGUGGGGGUGAGGACUGUGACAGUGGUAUCCUGGUCAACGGGAGCAUUACGGGGUCUCUAGGCGGGGGCAGGACUAGCUUCCGGGGCUCACACCACGCCAGGAGUGCCUCACAGGACCAGACGAGCCUCUCUGUGCAAGAUGACAGACCCGGUAGUUCCGUCAGAUGUAGAAGCAUCUCACCACGUCCGUCUUCCAUCACUGAAGAACCCGAGCCUCUCAUACUCACGGAGAAGCAGCGGAGUCGUCAACGCAGCGGCAGCAGCCCCCCGCCACUCCCCCCCACACAUGAGACACCCCCAGGCCCCCGUCAGGUGCGACUAGUGCGGCUCACACGGGGCCGGGCGGGGGAGGAGCUGGGGAUUUACAUCGCUAAGACUAGGUUCGGAAAAGAAGCAACUGUUGGAUACGUCAUUGCCCACAUUGUACCUGGCGGACUGGCUGAUAGAGAGGGUUCCUUGAAGAUUAACGACGAAAUCGUCAACGUCAACGGUCGAAGGUUACGAGGGCUGACAAUGUCAGGAGCCAGAGAGGUCCUGCUUAGCGGACCAAAUGAAGUAGACAUAGUCAUCUCUAGGGGUUGUGACCCCUCCACACCCCUACCUUCACGCCCCUCCCGCCAUCCCUCCAUGCCGGAGAGCUCUGUGGACUACGAAAACGUUUUAAUCUUCCCCCAAGAACAAAAUAAGAGAUCGGUGUUCCUCAGCGAACUACUCACAGAAGACUCGCCUCCAGAAAUAAAGAACACUCCUUCGUCAGAAAAAGUAGUGAGGAAAAGACACUACCAGAAAAACAGCAACAGUAUAAACCAUAAGCUCCUUAGAAAGGCAAUAGCUAGCUAUUCUGGCAGUAAGAUCAGUUUGGACAAAGACUCUAAGAGUGAAAGGAAUUUUUCAUGUGAUUCGUCACCGGAGAGGUUUGAAAUUGAGUCUACAGCGAAUUUCUGUACUUUGCCUCGAAGGCCACGAUCUUCCAUGUGUUCUUUCGACACCUUUAUCUAUGAGAAAGGGCCUGGUAAGAAAAGCCUAGGAUUUACAAUAGUGGGAGGAAAAGACUCACCGAGAGGACCUCUUGGAAUAUUUAUAAAAAGUGUUUUGGAAAACGGACAAGCGGCUGAAGAUGGUCGGCUAAGAGAAGGUGACGAGGUGUUGGCCGUCAACGGACACGUCUGUCAUGACCUGACACACGCCGAUGCUGUAGCAUUGUUUAAGAGUAUCAGAGCUGGACCUGUGGCUCUCCACGUCUGUCGGAGAAUCAGGGUCAAGAUGUCAGACAAGGCCAAGUCGUGUACAGACCUAGCACUCAACACCAGCUGAGGGUUGGCUAUCUACUUUGACAACAAUCUUUACUAGUCAUGACCAUUGUUACUGU